AACAACCCAUCCUAUCUAAUACCUAUACAACAAGCAAAUGUUAUCUCUUUCUUGAUCAUUAUUCUGAUUUUACAAUCCACUCUCUCUUCACAGAGAGUACAAGUACAACGAAAAGCUGUUAGCAAGGUGCCUCAUCAGCCAAUCCAGAUUCUCUUGUAUUCUUUUUUGAUGUCUGUUUCAAUGGUCAACCACCAGGAGUCCUCCUCAUCGAUUUCUCGAUACAUUUAUGAUGUAUUCUUGAGUUUUAGAGGUGUAGAUACGCGAAAAAACUUUACCGAUCACCUUUAUAUAGCUUUGAUGCAAGCAGGGAUUCACACUUAUAGGGAUGACAAUGAAAUUGAGAGAGGAGAGAAGAUAAGAGACGAAAUUGAAAGAGCAAUAUAUGAGUCAAAAGCAUCUAUCAUUGUCUUCUCAAAGAAUUAUGCUUCAUCAACAUGGUGCCUUAAUGAACUUGUAAAGAUAAUGGAACAUAGGAAAUUCUCCAAACACAUUGUUUUGCCAAUUUUCUAUGACGUGAAUCCAUCUCAAGUCAAGAAGCAGACAGGGAGUUUUGCAGAAGCGUUUGCUAGACACGAAGAGAGCUUCAAGUCUGAGAUGGACAUGGUACAAAGAUGGAGGGCUGCUUUACGAGAAGUUGCGGAUUUGGGAGGCAUGCUUCUAGAAGAUAGGUAUGAGUCGCAUUUCAUUCAAGAUAUUAUUAAACGGGUUCAAAAUAAACUCCAUUGCACCAUUUUAUAUGUCCCUCCGUAUUUAGUUGGAAUAGAUUUUGUUGUGGCAUCCAUUAAUUGGUGGUUGGGAGAUGGAUCAAAUAAGGUUGGCAUAGCAACAAUUUGCGGAAUUGGAGGGAUUGGGAAGACAACCAUUGCCAAAGUUGUUUACAAUCUUAACAUCCAAAGAUUUGAAAGUUCCAGUUUCCUUGCUAAUGUUAGAGAGAUUACUCAAGAACACAAUGGCUUGAUUCGUUUGCAAAGACAACUUCUUUCAGAUAUCUUGAAGGGGAAAGCAAACAAAAUAUACAAUUCAAAUGAUGGAAUCACGAAGAUCAAAGAAGUUAUAAGCCGUAGACGUGUGCUUUUUGUCUUAGACGAUGUGGAUGAUUCAGAAAAAAUAACUAAAAUAAUUGGAGUGCAAAUUCCUUUCCAUCCAGAAAGUAAAAUUAUCAUAACUAGCAGGCAACAAUGUUUACUGAGUGAUCCUUUUAUUAGGCAGAUGUUUGAUCUUGAAGCAUCAUCAAGUUAUCAAGACUUAUGCAAGGUAUUUGAGGUAAAAGAAUUAACUUUCAAUGAAUCCCUUCAACUUUUUAAGUGGUAUGGCUUCAGACAGAAUGAUCCAAUUGACAGUUAUAUGGAAUAUGCAAGGAGUAUAGUGAAACAUUGUGGUGGUCGUCCUUUAGCUCUUCAAGUUUUGGGUUCAUCUUUGGCUGGUAAAAGUAUAAAUGUAUGGAAAAGUGCAUUAGAGAAAUUGAAAACAAUCCCUGAUAGCAAAAUUCAAAAGAUUCUAAAAAUAAGCUAUGAUUACCUGCAAGAUGAUCAUGAUAAAAGUCUAUUCCUUGACAUAGCUUGUGUAUUCGUUGGGAAGGAUAAGGACUACACAACUACAAUUCUAGAUGGUUGUGAUUACUAUACAGUAAUUGGUAUUGAAAAUCUCAUAAAUAGGUCUCUUUUAGUUGUUAAUGAGAAAAACAUGCUAAUGAUGCAUCAAAUGAUUAGAGACAUAGGAAGGAACAUUAUUCGUCAAGAAUCUCCGAACCUUGGGAAACGAAGCAGGUUGUGGCAUAAAGAUGCAUUUGAUGCAUUGAGAGAGAAAAUUGGUACAAAGACAAUCAAGUGUCUUACCAUGGACCUACAAAGAUUAUUGGAAGAAAAGUAUGAAAAGACAACAGCAAAUCAUUCAAAAAAUCCAUUUCUCAUGUCAAAUGAGGUAGAUAUAGAAAUUGAUGCAUUUGUAAAGAUGCAGAGACUUAAACUACUUCAGUUGGAUUAUGUAAAACUUAAAGGAAACUACAAAGACUUUCCGAGAAGCUUAAUAUGGUUGUGUUGGCAUGGAUUUCCUCAAGAAUAUCUUCCUACAAAUUUAGAUAUUUCCAAGCUAGUUGUUCUUGAGAUGUGCAACAGUAGCCUCAAAUGUAUUUGGCAUGAUACAAAGUACUUUCUUCCAAAUUUGAAGAUCCUUAAUCUCAAUCACUCCGAUGGCCUUCUUAAAAUCCUUAACUUAUCAGGUCUUCAUAGUCUUGAAAGGUUGAUGCUGAAGCAUUGCACAAAGUUGAUUGAGGUUGAUCAAUCCAUCGGUAAGAUAAAGACUCUUACUAUUUUAAACCUUAAAGGUUGCAAAAGUCUUAAGAAACUUCCAUGGACAAUUGGUUUGUUAGAUUCUUUGGAAGAGCUUAUUUUAUCUGGUUGCUCAACAUUUGAAGAUGUGCCUAGGGAUUUGCAAAAAAUGAAAUCAUUAAGAGUGCUUAGCUUAGAUGAAACUGCUAUAUAUGAAUCCAAUUCAUGGUUGUCUUGGCUAUCACUAAAAAGAAGCAAAGAGUUGGGUUUCUUUUGGACAUCUUUGCCCUGUUCUUUGGUAAAGUUGAGUCUUGAAAGUUGCAGACUAUCUGAUGAUGUUAUGCCCACUAAUUUGAGCUACUUACCUUCCUUGAAAUCAUUAAAUUUAAGUAGAAACCCAAUUCAUAGCCUUCCUAAGAGCAUUAUCUGCCUUACAAAGCUUGACGAACUUCUAUUGACUUGUUGCAAUGAGCUUCAAUGGCUUCCAAAGCUUCCAACAAGUGGCUUACCCAUGAUAACAUCUCCAUCGUUGUACAGGAUUACAAGUUUGUCAUGCUUAUUAAAUUUGAAAAGGUGUAUUGUCUUUGGUUGUGAAAAGCUAAUUGAGGUCGAAGGUGUGUUCAAGUUGGAACCAAUUGAAAACUUUGAAAUGGAACAGAUCGAAAGCUUUUUCAAUAUGGACUUGAUUGAAAGCAUUGAAUUACAAAUUUAUAACUAUCUUACGGACACAAAAAUGUUCACUACCACCCAGGUUUUUCAUGAUAGCGGCAUAACUAGUUGUUUUGUCUUCGGAAAUGAGGUUCCAAUCUCGUUUGAGUAUCGCUCUAAAGGGUCCGAAAUUUCUUUUUCUCUACCACAAAAUCUUGGUGGAAAAGUUAGUUGGUUAAACUUAUGCAUAGUCUAUUCUCUUCUUAGUGAUGAGAUAUUUGAGUUUCUACCAUCGGUGCACAUAGUUAAUGAGACCAAGAGGUUAAAGUGGUCUUAUCUCUCAAGUUUCAUUGGAAUUCCUGAGAAAACCAAUAAUAAAACAAUCUUAUGGCUAAUCCACUGGCCAGUAAUGGAUUAUCAGUUGGAAAAUGGUGAUUUGGUGAGCUGCAAAUUCGCAACUUCUGGUUUCAACGUAAGAGAAUUUGGUGUUACAUGUGUAUCAGAAACCAAGAUUACGUAUGAAGAUGACAUUACACAACACUCUCAAGAAAAUGAAGAUAUUUGGAGAGAGAUUGAGUUGAAAGUAAAUGAAGAGUUACUCAAAUUGAGCUCCAGUGGAAAUUUCAAAGUGCAAAUUUACAAUGAUUUAGAGGAAUCAAAAAUGAUUGCUUCCCCUAAGGUGUUUUAUGAUUGUGGGAUAAUUAGUGUAUAUGAUAUUUACGGCCCUCCGGAGGAUAGGUACAAUUAUCAUGCUCAUCCUGCUAUCGGGAAUAAGAUUUCAUUUGUAGUGGCCCAAAGCCCUGGUCAACAUAUUGGCUAUCUAAACUUGGUGGCCAUUCUUUUUUCUGAAAAUAAUGAAAUAUUUGAUUUUUUAUCUCGUAUUGAGAUUGUCAAUGAGACCAAAGAUACAAAGUGGAUCCAUUAUAAACGUUUCAUUGGAAUUCCUGAAAUCAAGAAUAACAUCUGUUGGUUUAGUUCUUGGAGAUUUAUGGGUGAAUUGGAAGAUGGUGAUCAAGUAAGUUGUACAGUAUUUUCUGAUUUCUGUAUAAAAGAAUUUAUCAUUGAUAUCAUAUAUGAACCGGAUGAUAAUCUUCUGCAUAAAUGCAACUCUGGUUAUCAACAUUUGCGAGGUAAAACUAUAAGUUUUUGUUGGCUUUUUCCACUUUUUAUAUAUCACUUGUUCAAGUCCCAAAGGACUCUUUAUAGGAUUAAGAGUUUAGACAAAUUAGAGUAACUAUAUGUAAUCUUGUUGUAAUUAAACGA